CAAGGAAUGUGUGAGUGAGACCCAUAGACAAAAGAAAAAAAACAGAGAGAGACUAGCACUAGAAAUUGGAGAAGGAUCAAAAUGGCAACAGCACAUUCAACAAGAAGACACACACUCCUAUGCUUUUGUAUCUUCCUCAGUUCUAUACUCUCUCUUUCUCAUGGGAGGCUUACUCCCAAUUUCAAAAUCCGAGCCGUUAAUCUUGGAGGUUGGCUGGUCGCAGAAGGAUGGAUCAAACCAUCUCUCUUCGAUGGCAUUCCAAACAAAGAUUUCUUGGAUGGGACUGGGCUGCAGUUUAAAGCAGUAACGGCUGGAAAAUACCUUUGCGCCGAAACGGGCGGAGGUUCAAUCAUAGUUGCCAACAGGACUGUUGCUUCUAGUUGGGAAACAUUCAAAUUGUGGAGGAUCAAUGAGACGAACUAUCAAUUAAGGGUGUUCAACAAACAAUUUGUGGGAGUAGAUAGUGGUGGAAAUGGGAUCGACAUGGUAGCUAUUGUUGCAGACACUCCGGGUAGAUCCGAAACGUUUGAGAUUGUCAGAAAUUCUAAUGAUUUGAACCGUGUUCGGAUAAAAGCUCCUAAUGGCUUCUUCUUACAGGUAAAGACAGAAAAUCUUGUGACAGCUGAUUCAAAAGGAGAUGGUAGUUGGGGAAAUGACGAUCAAUCUGUUUUCAUCAUUACAAAUACUGGGGGCCUACAUGGUGAAUUCCAAUUGACGAAUGGUUAUGGUCCAGUGAAUGCACCACAAGUUAUGACAGAGCAUUGGAAUACAUUCAUAGUUGAAGAUGACUUCAAUUUCAUAUCAAGCAAUGGAAUAAAUGCAGUAAGAAUUCCUGUAGGGUGGUGGAUAGCCAGUGAUCGAACCCCUCCACAGCCUUAUGUGGGGGGAUCCUUGCAAGCCUUGGAUAAUGCUUUCAUUUGGGCACAAAAAUAUAGAAUUAAUGUCAUUAUUGAUCUACAUGCUGCACCUGGUUCUCAAAAUGGCUACGAGCAUAGCUCUUCUAGAGAUGGGUCUCAAGAAUGGGGGCUAUCGGACCAAAACAUUCAAGAAACAGUAAAUGUUAUAGAUUUUCUGACCUCCAGGUAUGCUAAUAAUCCACGCCUAUAUGCGGUUGAGUUGAUCAAUGAGCCUCUCUCACCCGGAGCAACUCUAGAAAGCCUGAACAAGUACUAUAGAGCUGGUUACAAUGCUGUCCGAAAGUACUCAUCCACAGUUUACGUGAUUAUGUCAAACCGUAUAGCAACUUCUGAUCCAAAAGAAUUCUUCUCUCUUGCAAGUGGCUUAGACGGAUCAGUCAUUGAUAUACAUUACUACAAUCUCUACUCCAGUAACUUUGACAAAAUGAGUGUCCAACAAAACAUUAAUUUCAUCUAUAACAACCGAUUACCAGAGUUGAAUCAACUUACUACAUCUAAUGGACCUCUCACUUUUAUAGGGGAGUGGGUAGCUGAAUGGAAUGUUGAAGGGGCAACAAAAGAGGAUUACCAAAAGUUUGCCAAUGCCCAGUUGGAUGUGUAUGGGAAGGCUUCGUUUGGGUGGGCUUAUUGGACUCUGAAGAAUGUGAACAAUCAUUGGAGUCUGGAAUGGAUGAUCAACGAUCAUUAUAUCAAGCUUUAGAAUGCAUAUAAUCACUUGUCAAUUUGGGCUAUUAAAUGACCAAUAAGCUGUUUGAUUAAUAAGAUCAUUUAUGUAAUAACCGUAUUACCUUGAAAACAUACCAAUAUUAGGCUUGAUAUAGUAAUAAAAAAAGGCAUGAUAUGCCUAGCUUUAUCACUAGUCUGGUCUCUUAUUUUGGUGAACUUGUCCUUUUCAUUUUCCACUAUAAAAGAAAAUUCCUGUCCAAUGUGAUCUAUUUGCUCAACUGAUUGAUUU